GAGCGCGGCGGCGGCUCAGCGCAUUCCCAGUUUAGAACUCGGAGUUUGGGGCGCGGAAACUGCGCGGGCGAGUCAGCCAGGGAGUCAGCCAGCCUCCCCCUUGGAAGACAGAUGUGACCGGGCGUCGCGGCUCGCGGACCUGACCUCAGGUGAAGCUCUCGGAAAGGGCAGACGGAGACGAAGAGAUGCCAGCGGAGGAGCCCUGCGCCCCCGGCGCCCCUGGUGCCCGGGGGACCGAGCGCGCGCCGGGCCCCGAGCCGCGCCUGUCCAGCCAGCUGCUGCCCGAGCUCUGCACCUUCGCGGCGCGCCUGCUGUUCUACCUGGUGCCCGUCUAUCUCGCCGGCUACCUGGGGAUCAGCUUCACCUGGCUGCUGCUCGGCACCCUAGGGUGGAUGUGGUGGCGCAGGAACCGCCUCGGGAAGCUCGGGCGCCUGGCGGCCGCCUUCGAAUUCCUAAACAACGAACGCCAGUUCAUCAGUCGCGAGCUGCGGGGCCAGCACCUACCCGCCUGGAUCCACUUCCCGGACGUGGAGCGGGUCGAGUGGGCCAACAAGGUCAUCUCCCACAUCUGGCCCUACCUAAGCAUGAUCAUAGAAAACAAGUUCCGGGAGAAACUCGAGCCCAAGAUCCGGGAGAAGAACGUGCACCUGAGGACCUUCACCUUCUCCAAGCUCUACUUCGGACAGAAGUGCCCCAGGAUCAACGGCAUCAAGGUGCACACUAACAAGUGCAACCGGAGACAGGUGGUCCUGGACCUGCAGAUCUGCUACAUCGGGGACUGUGAGAUCAGCGUGGAGCUGCAGAAGCUACAGGCUGGUGUGAAUGGGAUCCAGCUGCAGGGCACGCUGCGGCUCAUCCUGGAGCCCCUCCUGGUGGACAAGCCCUUCGUGGGAGCUGUGACCAUGUUCUUCCUUCAAAAGCCGCACCUGCAGAUCAACUGGACAGGCCUGACCAACCUGCUGGAUGUGCCAGGAAUCAGUGAGGUGUCAGACAGCCUGCUGGAGGACCUCAUCGCUGCCCACCUGGUGCUGCCCAACCGUGUGACUGUGCCCGUGAAGAAGGGGCUGGACCUGACCAAGCUGCGCUUCCCUCUGCCCUGCGGAGUGAUCAGAGCCCACUUGCUGGAGGGAGAAAAGCUGGCCCAGAAGGACAACUUCCUAGGACUCCGAGGCAAGUCAGACCCCUACGCCAAGGUGAGCAUCGGCCUGCAGCAUUUCCGGAGCAGGACCAUCUAUAAGAACCUGAACCCCACCUGGAACGAGGUGUUUGAGUUCAUAGUGUAUGAAGUCCCUGGGCAGGACCUGGUGGUGGACCUGUACGAUGAGGACCCUGACAAGGAUGACUUCUUGGGCAGCCUACAGAUCUGCCUCGGGGACGUCAUGACCAACAGAGUGGUGGAUGAGUGGUUUGUCCUGAAAGACACAACGAGCGGGCAGCUGCACCUGAGGCUGGAGUGGCUUUCACUGAUCACAGACCCGGAAGCUGUGAUAGAGGACCAUGGUAGUUUUUCCACUGCCAUUCUCGUGGUCUUCUUGGAGAGCGCCUGCAACCUGCCGAGAAACCCUUUUGACUACCUAAAUGGUGAAUAUCAAGCCAAAAAGCUCUCCAAAUGUGCCAGGAAUAAAGUCAGCAGAGACCCUUCUUCCUAUGUCAAGCUAUCUGUAGGCAAGAAGACACACCUGAGCAAGACCUGUCGCCACAGCAAGGACCCUGUGUGGAGCCAGGUGUUCUCCUUCUUUGUACGCAACGUGGCCGCUGAACAGCUGCAUCUGAAGGUGCUUGAUGAUGACCGAGAAUGUGCUCUAGGAGUGCUGGAGUUCCCCCUGUGCCAGAUUCUCCCCUAUGCAGACCUUACCCUCGAGCAGCGCUUCCAGCUGGACCACUCAGGCCUGGACAGCCUUAUCUCCAUGAGGCUGGUGCUUCGGUUCCUGCACUUGGAAGAACGAGAGCUGGGAAGCCCAUACACAGGACCUGAAGCCCUAAAGAAAGGCCCUCUGCUCAUUAAGAAGGCUGCCACCAACCAGGGCUCCAGAGCCCCACCGCAGGGAGAGGGCCCUGCAGAUUUGCCAUGCCCUCCAGACCCUGCUUCUGAUAUCAAGCAAGCCUCCAAAAGUACCACAGCCACCACCAGUGCCACCAUUGCUGCCACCAAGCCCUCACUUCAAGAGAUGGGCCCAGAGCCCAAAGGCAAGGACAGAGCCAGAGGGUUCUGUGCACCCAAGGGGGAGAAGACGAGUGUGUCCACCAUCUUCCUGGCUGUCCCAGGCCCCCACUCUCCAGGGCCCAUCAAGUCACCCAUGAAAUGCCCUUCCUCCCUAUUCGCACAGCCGCCCAAGAGGCUGGCUCCCAGCAUGUCCUCGCUCAACUCCCUGGCCUCUUCCUGCUUUGACCUGACAGAUGUCAGCCUCAACACUGAAGACGGGGAUCUCAGGCAUCAGGGGCUGGGUGAGAUUCAGCUCACGGUGCGCUAUGUGUGUCUGCAGCACUGUCUCAGCGUGCUAAUCAACGGCUGCAGAAACCUGAUGCCCUGUACCAGCAGUGGAGCUGAUCCCUACGUCCGUGUCUACCUGUUGCCAGAAAGGAGGUGGGCAAGUCGUAAGAAGACCUCAGUGAAGCGGAAGACCCUGGAUCCCCUGUUUGAUGAGAGAUUUGAAUUUUUUGUUCCCUUGGAUGAAGUAAAGAAGAGGUCACUAGACAUCGCAGUGAAAAACAGUAGGCCACUUGGCUCACACAGAAGGAAGGAGCUAGGAAAAGUACUGAUUGACUUAUCAAAAGAAGAUCUGAAUAAGGGCUUCUCACAGUGGUAUGAGCUGACUCCAGAUGGCCAGCCCAGAAGUUGAUGAUGAACAACAACAUCUUUAUUUUUUAAAUGUGUACAUAUGUAUAUUUUGUAACUUAAAUCAGAACAGCCAUUUGAAAAAAAUACAUACAUAUACAUACACACACACACACACACACACAUUCUUGUGUGCAGUAUAACUGCAUGACUGGAUAGUAUUAGGAAGAGGUAAACACAUGUAAAAGCAAGAACUACUCUUUCUUGAUUGGAUUUAAUUGUUUAAAUCCAUAAACAAGCAGCGUAUUUGUGCCUAACAAAUUAUCAGAACCUCAGUGGUGAAUUUUCACUGACAUAGGACUCGCGUGAAUGUAUGCACCAAAAGGGUCCUGUCUCAGACACAGAGGGUGAGGGAGGUCUGUUUGUGAAGCAGCUAUCAGUAUUCCUGGGCAGUGACUGACCAAGGGAGGAGGCUUCUUUUAUGGGACUAAAAAGUGAUCCACCAAAAAGUGCCAAGAGCUAACUCUAUCUAAGCCCUGCUGGCUGCCACCUCUGGUACUUCUCUGCCUGGAGGUUCGUUCAUGUAUCUGAUUUGGAACUAAAAUGUACUUUCCUGAUGGCAACAAUGUUAGUGAUAGUACUCCAGUAUGGGAUGGCCUGGGACCAAACUCCAGCAUUUGGCAUUAUUUCCAUAGGAAAAUGUAAGAAAAGUUUCAAACCCAGGUCUACGUCUGCACUCCCAUAGAGCACUGGAGGCUGCUGCCGAGUGUCAGUGCCAGAGAACAAGGGGCUUUCUGUAUCUCUCUCAGAUAGGUUUGGGAAUUCUGCUCCACUCUUCUAAGAGAGGGCUGGUUCACCUAAACAACAUGUUAAAAGCAAAAUAUGUAAAUUGUAUAUUUAAACAAGUGCCUCUUCUGCAUUUCAGACUUUAUAAAACCACACAUUCUUGUCCUUUCUCACGCUCCUAGAGCUGUUGUCGAGUCACAUCCUCUUCACUUAUCUACGCAGGCAGUACCCCCUGCCAUCAGUUUCCUCUCCCUACCACUGCUUUCACUGCCACUUUUCUGAAGAAUGGUAACAUCUUAAAACAAAGUUUUUGUCA